AUGGCAUCAAGAAUUCUAGUUUGCCUGUUACUUGCUGUUGCCAUUGCCAACGUGGAAUGUAACCAGGAAGGGGAUGUUCUCAAUUCUUGGAAAACCCAACUGGUUGAUCCAAACAAUGUGCUGCAGAGCUGGGAUCCAACGCUAUUCAAUCCAUGUACAUGGUUUCAUGUCACGUGUAACAACAAUAACAGCGUAACUAGGGUGGACCUUGGCAAUGCUGGAUUAUCAGGUCCUCUUAUCCCCGAGCUUGGGCUUUUGGCUAAUCUUCAAUAUUUGGAGGUAUUUGGCAAUAAUAUCACUGGAACUAUCCCUACAGAAUUGGGUAAUCUAACAAAUCUAGUCAGCUUGGAUUUGUACCAUAAUAAACUGACAGGCCCAAUUCCAGUUUCACUUGGCAACUUGGUAUCAUUGUUAUUCAUGAGAUUGCACGGUAAUAAGCUAACCGGAACAAUACCAACAUCUAUUAUUAACCUCAUUACUACAGGAAGAUUGAGGAUCCUGAAUGUUUCAUACAAUUUAUUGUCAGGGACUGUUCACCGCAAUAAUUCAACAGGAUUCAGAAUUACACAAGUCAUACAAGAUCCAAAGGCUCCUGCGAUGUAA